UGGUUGGUACUGUAGGAACGAAAAGUGAGGUUAUGGUUAAUGUUGUCUUAGUGUUUUUAUUUGCUUAACCCAUGUUUAAAUUACAUAGUAUUAUAAGGGCUAGCACUUUCAAUUUUUGAUCAUUGUAUUGAUUAUUUUUAUCUUAUAGGGCUUAGGUUAUAGAUGUCAUAGAUAAAAUGUUUACCAAGAAAGUUAAAGUUAAAAGUUUAAGAAACGUUUUGGCAUCUCCUUUUCACCUACAAUGGUUAAAGAAAAGUGAAGAAGAAAUUGCUCCUGUAAGGGAUUCACUUGCAAAACUGCUUCCAGCUGCUAAAUUAGAAAGGACACAGUUGAGCAAGCAAUGGAAACUUAGUGAAGUUAUAAAUGAGAAAAAUAAAGUUGGCUCAAAUAAACAACACAAUUUAUACAGAAACUACCUUGCUCUUGGAUUCCAAUCAGUGAUUCGAGGGCUGGAGAAGAAAGAACUUUGCUGUGUUAUACUGAGCAGUGAAAUAACACCAGUUUCUCUACAGAAGGUGUUGGUUGCUUCUGCCUAUACAAAUGGUGUUCCUGCACUUGUCAUUCCUGAUCUUAAAAAAAUCGCAAAGUCUUCUCUAGGGUUCACAACAAUGGUAAUAGGGUUCAAGAAUAUUGUAAGUGAAUCUCCAGAAAACCAGUUUUAUCCAGUGUACAGAAUGAUUUCAGAAAAUCCACUGUCAAUCGAUGCACCAUUUCUGUUGUCACAGAAGGAAGAUAUUAUAAGUGAUCAAGAUGUUAAUAUGGUUUUUGAUGAACCAUCCAAGAAGCAACAAGAGAAGCUAAUUGAAAGUUUGUACUUGUAUAGAAAAACAACGAAUGAAAGAGUAUUCGUUCCCGAAAACAAAAAAGGUCCCAUCAAUGAAAAUAGUUCUAAAAAUGAUACACAAAAGAUGGAUGAUUUCAUUCAUCUAGAUAAAGCUCAAGUAAAAAUUGCAUCUUUAAAUGAUGUUAAAAAAGAGUUGCCUUCCAAAACUAAUUCAUAUGAUAUUGAUGAUGAAGAUGAUACUGACAGCUGUGAUGAUAAUAUAUUUUUUGUUGAUAGUAAACCUGACGAAUCUCUGUUAUCUACUGAAAAACAAACUAUUAAUAACGAUAAUAUGCAGUGGGAAAAUUCUUUAAAAAACCGGCACAAAAAGGAAACAAAUAGAAAAUCAUUCUCUAACAACCAAGUUAAAAGUUCUCAACAUUCAAAGUCACCGAAUAAAAGUCCUGGAUUCAACCAAUCGAACGUGGUAAAUGUACAGGAGAAAGAAACAAGUUCUCAACCAGUUUCACAUCUUAAGAAGAAACAAAAAAGGUUGAAACUUAAAACAUGUAAUCCGUCAAAAGUAAACUUUAGGCCUUUACUUGUGAUGUCUGUCACUAAUAAUUCAAAGAAGAAUAAAUUUAAGAGAAAUGCGUAAGUGUAAAUAAAUAAGAUUUAUAAUUUAUUUUUCGAAUAAACUUAUUAAUAAAUUGU